AAAGGGCCGUAAGCCAUUCCCAUUCCACUCAGUUUUGCUCUCAUUGCAAUCAACGACUAGGAGUUGUUCUAGCCUCAGUUUUUCUCCCCCGCUCUUGACUUGCACAUUUGCAGGGCGCCAAUUUUGCUGGGAAGUCUGACCACCUAGCCUCUCACACUUCCCUCAAGUCUCAUACCCAUCACGCGUAUCUCUGCACUUCACCAAAUUUAGCUUCCCAACUGCGCCUCAACGCCUCAAUUUUUCGCAAGACUUGGCUGAUAGUCACUGUCUUCCCCUAUUCUAGAGCCUCCACGAAAUUACAAGACGCUUGCUCUUAGCUCUUUCCACAAGGACCACGUCGCCAUGGCUCGUCGCAUGGCGCUCUGCAUACUGGCGCUCCUAGCCGCCUCCACCUUCUCGUUGCACUGCAGCGCCAAAUUCCUCUACGACCCUCCUCCGGGCUUCAAGGCGCCUCCCGACACCGUGCCUCUCCUCCCGCCUCCCGGGCCGAAGCUGCCUGACCCAAACGUAGGCCCCAUUGCAAGCCUCGCGGACGUGUGCAAGGUCUGCACGUCCAAAGCGUACACGCCCGACUGCAUGGGCGACUUCACCGCCCGCUGCCUCAAGGCACAGAAGAUCUACCGCGAGCAGAUCCUCGGUAUCCCCGAUAAUAUCUGCCAUUGCUACCAGGCUAUAGGCACGGAGCUCCUCGAUUCCUGCCCGGGAGCGGUGAAGCAGCUCGCGUGGCUCGGCAACUGCGACAACUUUUGCUACUACGGCGUGCGCUGCCCUAUUAUCUUCGCCCUUUACAGUCUCGCGUCGCCCAAGUACGCGCGUAUCGCAAAUGACAACAACCCCAACGCGCCGAAGCCCGCGCCACGCGGGUCCGCGCUCGUCGUCGUUAAGUUCCGCAUCGACCAAAAGGUCGGCCACGAUAUCUGCUACCGGUUCUACCCGUCAGACGACUUGCCGGCCGUCCAAUCCGUCGUUCUCUACCACGCGACGAUCGCGCAAACCGGAACGGCUCUGGUGAAACUAAUGGCGUCCGGCAGCAGCCCGGCCAAGGCGUGCAUUUCCGUGCAGCACACGCUGAUCAAGGCGCUUAAUGACAACUCGACGUCGUUCUACGUGCAAGUUAACACGGCGGCCGGCGCCGUCCGCGGGCAGCUCGUUGCGACGCCGCGUCUCAUGACCGCCGCCACGUCAGUCGACGCCGGCGCGCGCUGCGGCGGGAAGCUGUGCGUGGCCGUUGCUGACAUGGCAUUCUCGCUCUAUUCCGCAAAGUACCAGCUCAACUUCACUCGUGCCGUUGGACCUCGCAUCGCGGCGAACCUCGUUGCUGGCAAUAAGGGUCAGAAGGGAGGAAAUUUCCUCGUGAGCUUUUACGGUCCCGGAAAGGCCGCUGUCAGUGACAUGAAUUCCGUCACUCCGGAUCCCAACGCCAUUAUCGAGGUUCUUAAAGACCCCCCCGCGCAUUACCUGAAUGUUUCCACCAACGGGCAGCCGUCGGGAGCGCUUCGCGGGCAGCUGUCGGACUCGCUGACGGUUUUCGCCGUGCUGUACGGUUACCAGGUGCAGCCGCCGUCGGGAGUUUCGGGAACGGGCGUGUUUCUCGCACAGAUCGGCGGCGGAGGCAUCUGCUACGAGUUCCAGUUUCUCAACGUGCCGGUCCAGCCGACGUACGCGUAUCUGCACCGCGCCACGUACUCUUCCCGCGGCCCGAUCGUGCUGUCGACGACCCUCGAGAUUAGCGACAAGAUGAAGUGCUUGCAAGCGGACACGGAGCAGACGGGGUCGAUUAUUACUAAGGCGGGAGAGUACUACGUGCAGGUGUACACGGAGAAGUUCAACAAGGGGCUGCUGCGCGGGCAGCUCUAUGUCGCGCCCGUGCAGGUUGUGUAACUGGGUAACCCUGGUUUCGCAUUCACAGCCGGGAUUGACAGUAGGGUUAGCAGUGUGGAGGGGAAAACACAGGUCUUAGGGUGGAUGGUGGCACAUUGAAUGGGAGAGGGUGACGGCCGGGCUGACCCCCUAGCACGGUAUACCCGUGAUAAGCACGCGAGGCUAAUAGAUUCUGUCUUUAUACACCGUCAGGUUAAUCUAGGCUCAUUUAGUGAGACUAGGGAUAAUAAUAAUUAUUGUGUAGCAUGUCAAUUAUAU